AUGAGUCGCACGGAGGCUGAUUUGGCGAUUAACAUUCGCAAGGCCACGAGUAUUGGGAAGCAUGUUCGGAGCUGCAUCGUGUACACAUGGGACCACAAAUCGUCCGCCGCCUUCUGGGCCGGCAUGAAAGUCCAACCCGUCCUGGCCGACGAAGUCCAGACCUUCAAGGCGCUCAUCACGAUACACAAGGUCUUGCAAGAAGGACACCCGGUGGUGGUUCGGGAGGCGCAGCAGCAUGUCAAUUGGAUCGAUAGUCUGAUGCGAGGUGUUGGAGGAGAGGGAAUUCGAGGAUACGGUCCUCUGAUUCGCGAAUACGUCUUCUACCUCGAGUCGAAGCUGACCUUCCACCGGAACCACCCCGAAUUCAACGGCCUGUUUGAAUAUGAGGAGUACAUCAGUUUGAAGACGAUCAACGAUCCGAAUGAGGGAUACGAGGCCAUUAGCGACCUCAUGACGCUGCAGGAUCAGAUCGACGCCUUCCAGAAGUUGAUCUUUUCGCAUUUCCAAUCGGGAACCCACAACGAGUGCCGGAUCUCUGCCUUGACGCCUCUGGUCCAGGAGAGCUACGGUAUCUACAAGUUCAUCACCAGCAUGCUGAGGGCCAUGCAUACGACCACGGGUGACACGGAGGCUCUAGAGCCCCUCCGUGGCCGAUACGAUGCCCAACACUACCGCCUUGUUCGCUUCUACUACGAGUGCUCGAACCUGCGGUAUCUGACCAGUCUGAUCACCGUCCCCAAGCUGCCCCAGGACCCUCCCAACUUGCUGUCGGAGGAUGACGACCGUCCGGCUCUGCCGAGGCGACCGAUGAAAGAGCCCGAGCCUACGCCGACCCCGCCGCCCAAGGCGGUCGCUGACCCGGAGCCCAUCAAUGAUUUCUGGACCAAUGAAGCCAAGCGCCAGCAGGAGGAGUAUGAAGCAGAGCAGCGUCGUCUGCAGCAGCAAUGGGACGAUCAGCAGCAGCAGCAACUUCUUGCGCAGCAGAAAGCACAGCUCGACUUCGAGGAACAGCAACGCCUCCAGGCAGAGCAGCAGCGCCUCGCUCAGGAGCAACUGUUGCGUGAACAGUACCAGACCCAGACGCAGGGUCGCUUGGCUGAACUGGAGCAGGAGAAUCUGAAUGCUCGGGCUCAGUAUGAGCGCGACCAGCUGAUGCUGCAGCAGUACGACCGUCGUGUCAAGGACCUGGAGGAACAGAUGAACCAGUUGACCUCCAACCUGAACCUGCAGAAUGCCUCCAAGGAUGACCUGAUUCGGUCUUUGCAGGAGCAGGUGAACACGUGGCGGUCCAAGUACGAGGCCCUGGCCAAGCUCUACUCGCAGCUCCGACAGGAGCAUCUCGACUUGUUGCAGACGACGAAGAGUCUCAAACUCAAGGCGGCAUCGGCGCAGGAGGCAAUUGAGCGCCGUGAGAAGCUCGAGCGUGAGCUCAAGACCAAGAACCUCGAGCUGGCCGACAUGAUCCGCGAGAGAGACCGUGCGCUGCACGACAGAGAUCGUCUUACCGGGAGCAACAAGGAUGACCUCGAGAAGGUCAAGCGGGAGCUCCGCUUUGCCCUUGAGCGCGCAGAGAAUGCGGAACGCUCCAAGGGCACGGAGAUCUCGACCCUGUUGUCGAGAUACAACCGGGAAAUGGCCGACCUGGAAGAGGCUCUCCGGAACAAGUCUCGCGCCCUGGAGGAGAUCUCCAGCAAGAACUCGGAGCGCUCCGGGGACCACGAUCUUGCCCUCCGCGAAAAGGACGAGGAAAUCGAAGUGUACAAGUCUGGUAUGGAGCAGGCGCUGAUAGAGCUCGAGGAGCUGAAGAUGAACCAAGGUGACGUCGACACCGCGCUCGACACGCAGAUCGACCAUGUUCUGCACAGCACCGUCUCCAAGAUUAACGAUAUCAUCGAUUCCGUGCUCCAGACCGGUGUGCAGCGUGUGGACGACGCAUUGUAUGAAUUGGAUUCGUCCAUGCAGGCUGGUAACCAGAAUGCCUCGCCCCCGUAUGUGCUUUCGCAGAUCGAAAAGGCUUCGGCGUCCGCCACGGAGUUCUCCACAUCGUUCAACAACUUCAUCGCGGACGGGCCCAACAGCACCCAUGCGGAGAUCAUCCGGACCGUGUCCAUCUUCUCGGGAUCCGUUGCCGAUGUGUUGAGCAACACCAAGGGGUUGACGCGCUUCACCAACGACGACAAGAACGCGGACCAGAUUAUCAACGCGGCGCGUAAGUCUGCGCAGGCCACCGUGCGGUUCUUCCGGGGUCUCCAGUCCGUCCGUCUGGAGGGUCUGGAGGCCUUGCAAAAGACCGAUGUUGUGAUCAACAACAACCUCGAGGUGCAGAGGGACUUGCAAACCCUGUCGAAGCUGGUUGAUGCGUUUGCGCCGAAGAGCGCGAAGAUUGCCACCAACGGCGAUCUGGGUGACCUGGUGGACCAGGAACUUCUCAAGGCGGCCGAUGCCAUUGACGCCGCGGCCCAGCGACUGGCCAACCUCAAGAAGAAGCCCCGCGAUGGCUUCACCACUUAUGAACUUCGGAUCAACGAUGUCAUCCUGGCGGCUGCAAUUGCGGUGACCACCGCCAUCGCCGAACUGAUCAAGGCGGCCACUGCAUCCCAGCAGGAAAUUGUGCGGGAGGGCCGCGGUAGCUCGUCGCGGACUGCCUUCUACAAGAAGAACAACCGGUGGACCGAGGGGUUGAUCUCGGCGGCCAAGGCGGUUGCCUCCUCGACCAACACGUUGAUUGAGACGGCGGACGGGGUCAUCUCUGGCCGCAACUCUCCAGAGCAGCUGAUCGUUGCCAGUAACGAUGUGGCGGCCAGUACGGCGCAGCUGGUGGCUGCCAGUCGUGUCAAGGCCACGUUCAUGAGCAAGACCCAGGAUCGGCUGGAGACCGCCAGCAAGGCGGUUGGCGUGGCGUGCCGGACGCUGGUGCGACAGGUGCAGGAAAUCAUCUCGGAGAAGAACCAGGACGACGGCGACAAGGUGGAUUACGCGAAGCUCAGCUCGCACGAGUUCAAGGUGCAGGAGAUGGAGCAGCAGGUCGAAAUCCUCCAGCUCGAGAACAGCCUGUCCCGGGCCCGUCAACGCCUGGGAGAAAUGCGCAAGAUCUCUUACCAGGAGGACUGA